AUGCUCCAAGAAAGGCUGCGCGUCCUCGUCGUCGGCAACGGCGGUCGUGAGCAUGCCCUUGCUUGGAAGCUGAGUCAGUCUCCCUCGGUCGACAUCGUCUAUGUCGCUCCGGGCAAUGGCGGCACCGGACUGGGAACCUCACCUAAGAUCGUCAAUGCCAACGUGAAAGGUGAUGACUACCCAGGUCUGGUGGCACUGGCGCAGAAGCACAAUGUCAAUCUUGUCGUUCCUGGGCCCGAAGCGCCCCUGGUGGAUGGCAUUCAAGGCUACUUUCAAGCUGUGGGAAUCAGAUGUUUUGGCCCGUCCAAGGCUGCCGCUCGCAUGGAAGGCUCUAAAGCUUUUGCCAAGGACUUCAUGAAACGCCACCAAAUUCCAACAGCACAGUACGAGAACUUCACCGACUAUGAAGCUGCGCGGAAGUACCUCGAUUCCGUCACCCACGACGUGGUCAUCAAAGCCAGCGGCCUGGCUGCCGGGAAAGGCGUCAUCAUUCCUACAUCGAAGGAGGAGGCACACGCCGCACUACGAGAGAUCAUGCUCGACCGCCAGUUUGGUGCAGCGGGCGAUGAAGUUGUCAUUGAAGAAUACCUUGAGGGAGAUGAGCUGAGCAUCUUGACCUUCAGUGACGGCUACACAAUCAAAUCGCUUCCGCCGGCUCAGGACCACAAGCGCGUAUUUGACGGUGACAAGGGACCAAAUACAGGAGGCAUGGGGUGCUAUGCACCGACGCGGAUUGCUUCGAAGGAGGCCCUGGAAGAAAUUGACCGGGUCAUAGUCCAGCCCACGAUCAACGGAAUGAGAAGAGAAGGCUUUCCUUUCGUGGGUAUCCUCUUCACUGGUCUGAUGAUGACGAAGAAUGGCCCCAAGGUCCUUGAAUACAAUGUUCGAGGCGGAGACCCCGAAACCCAGACCAUUCUCCCGCUGCUAAGCGACGACACGGAUUUGGCGGAGAUUAUGGUCGCCUGCACGGAGCACUGGUUAGACGGCGUAACGAUUAAGGUCGAACCCAAAUUCUCCACGACCGUCAUCGCAGUGGCAGAGGGAUACCCCGGGUCGUACGCCAAGGGCCGUCCUAUCACGUUGGAUCCGGUCCCAGAGGACACCAUGAUUUUCCAUGCGGGAACUACUCUCGUCGACAAUGUGUUGAAAACGUCCGGCGGGCGCGUUAUUGCUGCCACUGCUGUGGCGCCAACUCUUGAGGAGGCUGUGCGCAAGAGCUACGUCGGUAUCUCCACGAUUCACUUCGAGGGCAUGUUCUACCGCAAGGAUAUCGCCCAUCGGGCCUUUAGGGACGCCGCAAAACCCAGCGAGGGUCUUACAUACGCUGCCGCAGGUGUCUCCAUUGAUGCUGGAAAUGAUCUCGUCAACAGAAUCAAGUCGUCCGUGGCACGCACCCGCCGGCCGGGCUCUGACGCUGUCAUCGGCGGCUUUGGAGGUACCUUCUCCCUUGCAGCGGCGAACUCGUCCUUCCAUCCUCAUUCCCCAACCCUGAUCGGCGCUAUCGACGGCGUCGGAACGAAGCUUAAAAUUGCACACGCCGUGGGUGUGCACAACACCGUCGGCAUUGAUCUGGUUGCGAUGAACGUCAACGAUCUGGUUGUGCAGGGUGCGGAGCCACUUUUUUUCCUGGAUUGCUACUCCUGCGGCAAGCUGGAAGUCGAUACAGCUGCUGCAUUCGUAUCCGGUGUGGCAGAUGGCUGCGUACAGGCCGGGUGUGCGCUCAUUGGUGGCGAGACAGCCGAGAUGCCGGGCUUGUUCACCGAUGGCGCCUAUGAUGCCGUGGGAGCUGCAGUGGGAGCCAUUAACACGGCCGGUGAACACGCUCGAACCAUUCUCCCCGACACGGCCUCCAUGAAGCCGGGCGAUGUCUUGCUUGCCCUGGCCUCCUCGGGCCCGCACUCCAAUGGAUACUCUCUCAUCCGGAAGAUCGUUGAGCGAUCUGGCCUGCGCUACGAGGACGAGGCACCCUUCUCGAUGCUCUCGUCUUCCUCGAAACUCACCCUGGGUGCCGCCCUCCUCACACCAACCCGCAUCUACGUUAAGCCUCUCCUGAAAGCCCUCGAGGUAUCGUCUCGUGACGGCAGCAAAACCUUAUCUGCCAUCAAGGGCAUGGCGCACAUCACCGGCGGCGGGCUCGUGGAGAACGUGCCGCGGAUGCUGCCGCCGACGCUGGCGGCCCACAUUGACGUCUCGACGUGGGAACUGCCGCCGGUAUUCCAAUGGCUGAAGAAGACGGGCAACGUGUCCAGCAAGGAGAUGUCGCGCGCCUUCAACUGCGGUGUCGGCAUGGUCCUCGUGGUGGACAAAGACAGCGUUGCUGCCGUGCAGGAGAUCCUCGAGAAGGAAGGCGAGACAGUGUACCGAGUCGGAGAGCUGAAGAUCCGGAGUAACGGCGAGGAGGGCUGUAUCUUGACCGGAUUGGAGAGAUGGGAUUGA